AUGAUCUAUCUCAAAGGAUCAGUUAAAGGAACUGCUGAAAAAGCCAUAGCUGGGAUGUUUUUUGAUGGUACAAUGUAUGAAAAGGCCAUUGCAGAGUUAACUCAACGAUUUGGAAACCCCGCCCUUAUUUCAAAGUCUCUGAUCAAUAAGUUUCUGGAGAUACCAGCAGUUCAGGAUGAAAACACGUUAAGUUUGAGAUUGUUUGUCGACAACUUACACACCAUUGUGAGACCACUGAAGACUUAUGGUCAUGAAGCAGAUUUACGAGCAGCAGCUAAUUUGCAGCAGAUUGUUACAAAGUUGCCUCCGAGAAUGGCUGUUAGGUGGAGCAGGCGAAAGUUAGAGCUGCAGCCAAAGGGAGUUGACUUUAACGAUCUUGACGAGUGGCUGAGGACAGAGGUUCAGGUCCAAGAGAUGGCUUUUGGUUUUUCCAGUACUAAGGAGAGUUCUGCACAAGAGAAACCCAAGGCAAAUUCAAACAAACCCAAGUGGUUCAAGAAAAAGAAGGAUGUGUGGAAUGACACUCAUGCAAAUUCAGGAGCGAAAGUGGAAUGUUUUGUGUGCAAGGAAGAACAUGUGCUGACAUCAUGUGAGACUUGGAAGAAGUUAGCUGUAAAUGAACGAUGGGAAUUAGCAAAAAAGUUGGGUCUGUGCUUUCGUUGCCUCAAAAGAGGACAUCGAGUUGAACGUUGCUCGCUGAAAGGAACGUGUCCAGUGGAAGGAUGUUUGCGAAGACACCACCCACAACUUCAUGCAGUCAUAGCGCCGGCACAGUUAAAUCCAACGGCUGAGGCAUUCCAUCCCCCACAAGCAGCUGCAGAAGAAACGUCAGCAACCGGUACGCGAAGUAAUCAUACAACCUGUGGAGUGACUGAAGAAAGUGUACCAUGCCCCGGAAGAGUAGCCCUGCAGAUGAUACCCGUAAUUCUGGAAGGGAAAAAUGGAAUAAAGAUCAGAGCAAACGCCUUUCUUAAUGGUGGUUCUGGAUCGUCCUACCUAAAGGAGGAGAUCGCUGACAUAUUGGGCUUGGACGCUGAGCGUAAACCACUACGUGUGGCUGUCUUUGGAGUGAAGUCAAUUGUGACAGAUAGCAAAACUGUAACUGUGCACCUAGAAAGUAUAGAUGGGAGCGUUAAGAAGUGUGUAUUUCUGUGA